CUCUUCCUGUGAUACGAAAGUCUGUUGUUGUCAUCACCCGUGUGGCUAAUUUUUAGCACCGCUUGUGGGACUCUGUGUACACUGUGGAGCCAACUGUGAAGCAACCGUGAUGUGCGUCUAUGGUUACUACUAACAUAACCCGAAAGUUACCUCCGUUUUUGGAACCGAAAGCAGAGGUUAUCCGCUUGCUUACUCCUAAACUUACAAGGAUGUUGAUGAGAGAUGAGAUGUGCUGUAAAUCAGUAGGAACUGAUCUGUCCAUGCUGGAUAUUGAUGAUUUCAUCACAGAAAUCUCUCAGCUGAAGAAAGAGGUGGCGUUACUGGAGACAAAGCUGAGGUUAAGAGGAGAUGAAGGACUGAAGAGAGAGGAUCUCAGUCUGUCUUUACUCUGUUAUACUGAGUCAAAGUCCACAGACGCUCAGGACACAACAGUGUGUGACAGUAAUGAGGGCUUACACGAGGAUCAAACCUCCACAGAGUCUCUGGAUUCUGUCUGUAACGCUGGAGAACAGCAGCAGAUCCUGCAGACCAAACUCAAGAUGUGUUCGGUCAAACUCAUUGACUUCAGGAACCUCAUGAUGAAGAUCAAAACUGAACCCACGGAAAUAAUAACUGAACCCACAAAAGAGGAACAUCAUGAUGAUAAAAAUGAGGGUUGUGGUGGUGAUGAUUUUAUUCCUUCAGAUGAGAGGAAUGAUUCAUGUUCUGAAGGAGAAAUAACGUCCUCAACAUCAAAAGAGAGAAAACACACAGAACAGAAACUCUUCACCUGCAGGACAUCUACCUUACAAGAGAAGAAACUUCAUUCAGAAGAUCACGGAGAGAAGAAGAAGAAGAAGAAAAAGAAAAAGAAGUUGUUUGACUGUCAGCAGUGUGGGAAGAAAUUUGACUUCUUAUCUCAGCUACAAAUUCACAUGAAGAGACACAGUGGUGAAAAGUCUUUUCACUGCAGCGAAUGUGGCAAAUAUUUAAGCAGCAAACAAAAUCUUGAUGCUCAUCAGAGACUUCACACUGGAGAGAAACCUUAUCACUGUAAUGUUUGUGGGAAGAGUUUUAAUCAACAUAACUGUUUAGUUUCACACCAGAGAACUCAUACAGGUGAGAAACCUUAUGUCUGUAAUGUUUGUGGAAAGGGUUUUAAUCAACAUAACUGUUUAGUUUCACACCAGAGAACUCAUACAGGUGAGAAACCUUACAAAUGCUCUCAGUGUGACAAGAGGUUUAAUCAGUCAUGCAACUUACAAGCCCAUGAGAGACUUCACACUGGAGAGAAACCUUAUCUCUGUAAUGUUUGUGGGAAGAAUUUUACACAACAAUGCAGUUUAGUGGCACACCAGAGAAUUCAUACAGGUGAAAAACCUUACAAAUGCUCUCGGUGUGGGAAGAUGUUUGCUUUAUUAAGUACCUUAAAAACCCACGAGAGAGUUCACACUGGAGAGAAACCUUAUGUCUGCUUGAUCUGUGGUAAGACCUUCUUAAGUUUCCCUUCUUUCAGCUAUCAUCAGAGACUUCACACUGUAGAAAGACCUUACAAAUGCUCUUAUUGUGAGAAGACGUUUACUCAGUCAGGCAACUUAAAAGCCCAUGAAAGAAUUCAUACUGGAGAGAAAUAUUAUCACUGUGGUCAGUGUGGGAAGAAAUUUGACUUCUUAUCUCAGCUACAAAUUCACAUGAAGAGACACAGUGGUGAAAAGUCUUUUCACUGCAGCGAAUGUGGCAAAUAUUUAAGCAGCAAACAAAAUCUUGAUGCUCAUCAGAGACUUCACACUGGAGAGAAACCUUAUCACUGUAAUGUUUGUGGGAAGAGUUUUACACAACAAUGCAGUUUAGUGGCACACCAGAGAAUUCAUACAGGUGAAAGACCUUACAAAUGCUCUCAGUGUCAGAAGACCUUUACUCGUUUACGUUCCUUACAAGCCCAUAAGAAAGUUCAUACUGGAGAGAAACCUUAUCUCUGUAGUUUUUGUGGAAAGAGUUUCAGUCGACAUGAUAUUUUAGUUUCACACCAGAGAACUCAUACAGGUGAAAAACCUUACAAAUGCUCUCAGUGUGACAAGAGGUUUAAUCAGUCAUGCAACUUACAAGCACAUAAGAGAGUUCACACUGGAGAGAAACCUUAUCUCUGUAAUGUUUGUGGAAAGGGUUUUAAUCAACAUAACUGUUUAGUUUCACACCAGAGAACUCAUACAGGUGAGAAACCUUAUGUCUGUAAUGUUUGUGGAAAGGGUUUUAAUCAACAUAACUGUUUAGUUUCACACCAGAGAACUCAUACAGGUGAGAAACCUUACAAAUGCUCUCAGUGUGACAAGAGGUUUAAUCAGUCAUGCAACUUACAAGCCCAUGAGAGACUUCACACUGGAGAGAAACCUUAUCUCUGUAAUGUUUGUGGGAAGAAUUUUACACAACAAUGCAGUUUAGUGGCACACCAGAGAAUUCAUACAGGUGAAAAACCUUACAAAUGCUCUCGGUGUGGGAAGAUGUUUGCUUUAUUAAGUACCUUAAAAACCCACGAGAGAGUUCACACUGGAGAGAAACCUUAUGUCUGCUUGAUCUGUGGUAAGAGCUUCUUAAGUUUCCCUUCUUUCAGCUAUCAUCACAGACUUCACACUGGAGAAAAACCUUACAAAUGCUCUUAUUGUGAGAAGACGUUUACUCGGUCAGGCAACUUAAAAAUCCAUGAAAGAAUUCAUACUGGAGAGAAAUAUUAUCACUGUAGUGUUUGUGAGAUGAGUUUCAGUCGACAUGAUAGUUUAGUGUCACACCGGAGAACUCAUAGAGGUGAAAAAUCUUACAAAUGCUCUCAGUGUGAGAAGACGUUUACGGUUUUAUGUUCCUUAAAAGCCCAUGAGAGAAUUCAUACUCUCUUGCAUGAUCUGUGGUAAGAGCUUCACUGAUCCCUUCCAAGCUUAGAAUUUCUUCUCUUUGCUUACAUUGAACGGGAAAGUCCGCCAUACUGACAAACUAUAAUAGCAGAUGGAUCAAAAGCACUAGCCUUCCAAAACUUUGAAUCAGCUGAAAUGGACAAGGAGAUCAGUGAUUACAUAAUGGCUACCAUAGUUGCAACACGCAUUUGGAAAAGUGAGGCGCUAGAGAGCACUAUUCGUUUAAAUGCAAAAUACAAUUUCACCACUAGAUUGGUGUAAAUCCUAUUUAUUGUCCCUUUACGUGGGUGUGUCAUCUGCAUUUGGUUCAUUUUUAUGGUCUGAGAACCUCUUAAUCAGAGGGGUUAAGUUUGGUGCAUCAUCUGCCUUUAUCAGUUCACAUGUUCUGAUGAACCACUUAAUUUUAACUACAGGGUUAAGUAUUGGGAUAUCAACUGCCUUUAAUAAUUUGGUCUGAAGACUCUUAAAGAGCACUUAUUGUCCAAUUCAGGUUUUUACAUUUCCUUUGGUGUGUAUUAGUAUAUUUUAACGUUAUACAAAAGGUACUAUUCAAAAUUAUGCAAAACCUGACUGGGCCACUCUAGAAGGCAUAUCUUCUUCUGUUGAAGCCAUUCUGUUGUUGAUUUACUUCUAUGCUUUGGGUCGUUGUCCUGUUGCAUCGUCCAUCCUCUGUUAAGCUUCAGUUGGUGGACAGAUGGCCUUAAGUUUUCCUGCAAAAUGUCUCGAUAAACUUUGGAAUUCAUUUUUCCAUUGACAGUAAUCUGUCCAGGGCAUGAGGAAGCAAAGCAGCCUCAAACCAUGAUACCCCCUCCACCAUAUUUCACAGUUGGGAUGAGGUUUUGAUGUUGGUGUGCUGUGCCUUUUGUUCUCCACACAUAGCAUUGUGUGUUCUUUCCAAACAACUCAAUUUUGGUUUCAUCUGUCCACAGAAUGUUUUGCCAGUAGUGCUGUGGAACAUCCAAGGUGCUCUUUUGCAAACUUCAAAUGUGCUGCAAUGUUUUUUUUGGACAGCAGUGGCUUUCUCCCAUGAAGUCCAUUCUUGUUUAAUGUUUUCCUUAUUGUAGAUUUGUCAACAAAAAUGUUAGCAUGUGCCAGAGAUUUCUGUAGUCUUUAGCUGACACUCUAGGAUUCUUCUUCACCUCAUUGAGCAUUCUGCGCUGUGCUCUUGCAGUCAACUUUACAGGACGACCACGCCUAGGUAGUGUAGCAACAGUGCUGAACUUUCUCCAUUUGUAGACAAUUUGUCUUACCGUGGACACAUGGACAUCAAGGCUUUUAGAUAUAAUUUGUAGCCCUUUCCAGCUUUAUGUAAGUCAACAAUUCUUGAUUGUAGGUCUUCUGAGAGCUCUUUUGUGCAAGGCAUGGUUCACAUCAGACAAUACUUCUUCAGAACAGCAAACUCAAAACUGGUGUGUGUUUUUUAUUGGACAGGACAGGGCAGCUUUAAUCAACACAUCCAAUCUCAUCACAUUGAUUGGACCCCAGGUUGGCUGACUCCUGGCUCCAAUUAGCUCUUGGAGAUGUCAUUAGCCUAAGGUUUCACAUACUUUUUCCACCCUGCAACAUGAAUGUUUACAUAAUGAGUUCAAUAAA